AUGUCUGAACUCCAAGCCUUUGUGCGGCCCUGGCUGCCCGUCAACUCGGCCAACGCCUCGUGGGUGCUGAAGAACGCGAAGCUGGUCGACCCCGUGGAGGGCCGGAUCCUGGCGCCCGCGACAAUCCACCUGGCCGGCGGCGAGGUGCGCGCCGUGGCCAUCGGCGACGAGCCCCUGGUGCCCGCGCCCGCUGCGGACGCCCGCGAGGUGGACGUGGGCGGGCAGUACGUGUGCCCCGGGCUGAUCGACAGCCAUGUGCACAUCAACGCCGUGCCCGGGGAGCCGGACCUGCGCCAGACGCUGGCGACGCCGAUCGAGCAGGUGCACUUCCGCAUGGUGUACGUGUGCCGCGACAUGCUGUACCGCGGCUUCACGACGGUGCGCGACUGCGGCGGCGCCCCGCUGGCGCUCAAGGAGGCCUGCGCCGAGUGGGUGAUCGCGGGCCCGCGCAUCCUGCUGGCCGGCCACGCCCUGAGCCAGACGGGCGGCCACGGCGACUUCCGCGGCGCCCACGACCACACCCACGACUGCGCCGGCAGCUUCGUCUCCGGGCUCGGGCGCGUCGCCGACGGGGUGCCCGAGUGCCUGCGCGUCGCCCGCGACGAGAUCCGCUGCGGCGCCGACUUCCUUAAGAUCAUGGGCGGCGGGGGGGUCGCCAGCCCGACCGACCGCCUGGAGCACCACCAGUACACCCCCGAGGAGAUCGAGGCGUUUGUCUCGGUCGCCCGCAACACGGGCACCUACGUGACCUGCCACGCCUACACCCCCUCGGCCAUCCGGCGCGCCAUCGAGCACGGCGUGCUGGGCAUCGAGCACGGCAACCUGCUGGACCGCCCGACGGCGCAGCUGAUGGCCGCCAAGGGGGCCUUCCUGACCCCGACCCUGAUCGCCCUGCGCGCCAUGGCCGACGAGUCGCUGGUCAGCUACCUGCCGCCCGCCAACGCCGCCAAGAACCAGCACGUCCUGGCCGCGGGGCUGACGGCCCUGAAGCUCGCCCACGAGGAGGGGGUCACCCUGUGCUACGGGUCCGACCUGCUGGGCCCGCUGGGCAAGUACCAGGCCCUGGAGUUUGAGAUCCGCGCCCAGGUGCUGCCGGCGGCCGACAUCCUGCGCAGCGCCACCGUCAACCCGGCGCGCAUGAUGGGCCUGGCCGACACCAUCGGCCAGGUCAAGCCGGGCUUCCGCGCCGACCUGCUGCUGCUGCAGGCCAACCCGCUCGAGGACAUCACCGUGCUGGGGCGCCCGGAGACGGUGACGGCUGUCUUCAAGGACGGCAUUCUGUGCCGCGACGACCGGAAUCUGCUGGGGGGGGGGCUGCUGGACUCGUGGGCCAAGUUAUGA